AUGGUCACCCGGUAUGAAGGGUUGGUUUUGGUCAACGAUCAGUGCGAGACGGACCCAUCUCGACCGGACUUUCCAGUAGUCUACAGCGUGCACGAAGACCUCUAUGGUGGUUUUAGCAACCCCGAGCUCCGUAGCAUUCGUCUGCAUCGUGGCGUUCGGGAACCGCUCCAAGAGACUACUCAAAUUGUCGUCGAUGUUGGAGCAGGGAUGUCCCGUGUGCGGCAGAUCGACGAAAGAAAGCUUCCUCACGUCAAAGCGGUGGAACUGAUUGCUGACGGUAGCAGUCUCCUCGACAUCGUUGAUGUUGGCGGCUGUCUGACGUGCUGUAUGGCGUUGUUUUAA